UCAGACUCUUGGGUCACCUGUUGUGCUGGAGUGAGACAAGGCAGCACCAAGCCCCUGGGAAUUUUGCAGGCUUUGAUUCUCCCUGUCAGGACUCGUCCCACCAACCGCCACCAUGCCUUUCGGAAACACCCACAACAAGUUCAAGAUGCAGUACAAGACAGAGGAGGAAUACCCCGACCUCUCCAAGCACAACAACCAUAUGGCCAAAGUCCUCACCAAGGAACUCUAUGACAAGCUGCGAGGAAAGGAGACCCCCAGCGGCUUCACCCUUGAUGACGUCAUCCAAACGGGUGUGGACAACCCAGGCCACCCCUACAUCAUGACCGUUGGCUGCGUGGCUGGCGACGAAGAGUGCUAUGAUGUCUUCAAGGACUUCUUUGACCCCAUCAUUCGGGACCGUCACAGUGGCUACAAACCAACCGACAAGCACAAGACUGAUCUGAACCAUGAGAACCUGAAGGGUGGAGAUGAUCUGGACCCCAACUAUGUGUUCAGCAGCCGUGUGCGGACUGGUCGCAGCAUCAAGGGUUACACCUUGCCCCCCCACUGCAGCCGUGGGGAGCGGCGUGCCAUAGAGAAGCUCUCCAUCACUGCCUUGAACAGCCUGACUGGAGAGUUCAAGGGCAAGUACUACCCGCUGAAGAACAUGAGUGAUGCAGAACAGCAGCAGCUGAUCGACGACCACUUCCUCUUCGACAAGCCUGUCUCUCCUCUCCUGCUGGCCUCCGGCAUGGCCCGGGAUUGGCCCGACGCCAGAGGCAUCUGGCAUAAUGACAACAAGACCUUCUUGGUGUGGGUGAACGAGGAGGACCACCUCCGCGUCAUCUCCAUGCAGAAAGGCGGCAACAUGAAGGAUGUCUUCCGGCGCUUCUGUGUCGGACUGCAGAAGAUUGAGGAGAUCUUCAAGCAGGCUGGCCACCCCUUCAGCUGGAAUGAGCAUUUGGGCUACAUCCUGACCUGCCCCUCCAACCUGGGCACAGGCCUGCGUGGCGGCGUGCACGUCAAACUGCCCCACCUCAGCAAGCACGCCAAGUUCGAGGAGACCCUCAAGCGCCUCCGCCUGCAGAAACGUGGCACAGGCGGUGUGGACACUGAGGCCGUGGGUGCCGUUUUUGACAUCUCCAAUGCUGACCGCUUGGGCUCCUCUGAGGUCGAACAGGUGCAGCUGGUGGUUGAUGGCGUGAAGCUCAUGGUGGAGAUGGAGAAGAAGUUGGAGAAGGGCCAGGCCAUCGACGACAUGAUUCCUGCUCAGAAGUGAGAGCAUCGUCCUGCCAACCCUGCGUUGACUGGGGCUUGGACUCCGGGGAGGUGACCCCAACCCUGCCACUCCUGGCAGCAACCCCUUUGCACCCUCCUCUCUCUUGCAAAGGAGAGGGGAGGUCCGGGGGGUGCAGCCGGGAAGCUCCCAUCACCUGAGCCAUAGUGGAAGGAGUUAAUAAAGCUAACAAUGGCCCCCAGAGCCUUGCCUCCCCACAAA